GAUGAUAAUAAUACGCGGGCUUAUAUAACCGUCUUCGUCUUGCGAGCACUUCGCAGACAGUCCCUCAUGAAUCUUGGGGCCGGUGUCGGGCCGGGGCGGCUUUAUCGGCACUUAGCGAGCCCGCGGCCGCGGCCGGGAGGGCGGGCAGCGGGGAUCGGAGGCCGGGCCCGCCCGGCUCCCGGCGCGCCGCGGAGGUCAGGCAGAUAAGGAGCAUGACUCUGCCCCUCGGGAGGAGGAAGGAAGCCCCGCUGCCACCUUAUCUCUGCUCCUCUGCCUCCUCCCCGUUCCCACAGCUUUUUCUCUAGAGAAGAUUUGGAAGGCGGCUUUUGGAUUUUUUUACUUCCCUUGAACUAGGGACUCACUCAGAGACUAAAGGAAAGGAGGUAAUUUCUUGCCUGGCCAGUAUUUAGUCUAUAACCAUUUUGUCUUUCUUCAGUGUGACCAGUAAGUUCUUCCCACACUCUUGAAUAAUUGGAAAGGAGGGGUGCUGACGGCCACCCACCAUCAUCUGUGGACGGUGAAUCUGGCUAAUGAUAUGCAGGUUUUUCAAGGCAGAAUAAUUGCAGAAAAUCUUCAAAGGACUCCAUCUGCAGCUGUUCUGAAUACCUGUGAGCAUAGAAAUUGAUUAUUCAACCAGGAUACCUAAUUCAAGAACUCCAGAAAUCAGGAGACUGAGCCAUCGUGUCUGUUUUGCGACAUUGGACCAAAGACCAUGAGGUAUUCCUGCACUGCGCUGGUUUUGGCUGUCCUGGGCACAGAAUUGCUGGGGAGCCUCUGCUCGACUGUCAGAUCCGCGAGGUUCAGAGGACGGAUACAGCAGGAACGAAAAAACAUCCGACCCAACAUCAUCCUCAUGCUCACCGAUGACCAAGACGUGGAGCUGGGGUCCCUGCAAGUCAUGAACAAAACGCGAAAGAUUAUGGAACAUGGGGGGGCCACCUUUACCAAUGCCUUUGUGACUACCCCCAUGUGCUGCCCGUCGCGGUCGUCCAUGCUCACCGGGAAGUAUGUGCACAAUCACAACGUCUACACCAACAACGAGAACUGCUCUUCACCCUCAUGGCAGGCAAUGCAUGAGCCUCGAACUUUUGCUGUGUAUCUUAACAACACUGGCUACAGAACAGCCUUUUUUGGAAAAUACCUCAAUGAAUAUAAUGGCAGCUACAUCCCUCCUGGGUGGCGAGAAUGGCUUGGAUUAAUCAAGAAUUCUCGUUUCUAUAAUUACACUGUUUGUCGCAAUGGCAUCAAAGAAAAGCAUGGAUUUGAUUAUGCAAAGGACUACUUCACAGACUUAAUCACUAACGAGAGCAUUAAUUACUUCAAAAUGUCUAAGAGAAUGUAUCCCCAUAGGCCCAUUAUGAUGGUGAUCAGCCACGCGGCGCCCCACGGCCCAGAGGACUCAGCCCCACAGUUUUCAAAACUGUACCCCAAUGCGUCCCAACACAUAACUCCUAGUUAUAACUAUGCACCAAAUAUGGAUAAACACUGGAUUAUGCAGUACACAGGACCAAUGCUGCCCAUCCACAUGGAAUUUACGAACAUUCUACAGCGCAAAAGGCUCCAGACUUUGAUGUCAGUGGAUGAUUCUGUGGAAAGGUUGUAUAAUAUGCUGGUGGAGACGGGGGAGCUGGAGAACACGUACAUCAUCUACACCGCCGACCACGGUUACCAUAUUGGGCAGUUUGGACUGGUCAAGGGGAAAUCCAUGCCAUAUGACUUUGAUAUCCGUGUGCCUUUCUUUAUCCGUGGUCCAAGCGUAGAACCUGGAUCAAUAGUGCCACAGAUCGUUCUCAACAUCGACUUGGCCCCUACGAUCCUGGAUAUCGCUGGGCUCGACACCCCUCCUGAUGUGGAUGGCAAGUCUGUCCUCAAACUUCUGGACCUGGAAAAGCCAGGUAACAGGUUUCGAACGAACAAGAAGGCCAGAAUUUGGCGUGAUACAUUCCUAGUGGAAAGAGGCAAAUUUCUGCGCAAGAAGGAAGAAUCCAGCAAGACUAUCCAACAGUCAAAUCACUUGCCCAAAUACGAGAGGGUCAAAGAACUGUGCCAGCAGGCCAGGUACCAGACAGCCUGUGAGCAGCCUGGGCAGAAGUGGCAGUGCAUUGAGGACACAUCUGGCAAGCUUCGAAUCCACAAGUGUAAAGGACCCAGUGACCUGCUCACGGUCCGGCAGAGCACGCGGAAUGUCUACUCUCGCGGCUUCCAUGACAAGGACAAAGAGUGCAACUGUAGGGAGUCUGGUUAUCGCGCCAGCAGAAGCCAGAGGAAGAGUCAAAGGCAGUUCCUGAGAAACCAGGGCACUCCAAAGUACAAGCCCCGAUUUGUGCACACCCGGCAGACCCGUUCCUUGUCCGUGGAAUUUGAAGGCGAAAUAUAUGACAUAAAUCUGGAAGAAGAAGAGUUGCAAGUGUUGCAACCAAGAAACAUGGCCAAGCGUCAUGAUGAAGGCCGCAAGGGGCCAGGAGAUGGCGACGGGGACGGGAUGCUGUCAGACAGCAGCAACGCCGUGGGCCCACCUGCUACCGUCCGAGUGACACACAAAUGCUUUAUUCUUCCCAAUGACACCAUCCAUUGUGAGAGAGAACUGUAUCAGUCCGCCAAAGCCUGGAAGGACCACAAGGCGUACAUCGAUAAAGAGAUUGAAGCUCUGCAAGAUAAAAUUAAGAACUUAAGAGAAGUGAGAGGACACCUGAAAAGGAGGAAGCCCGAGGAGUGUGGCUGCGGUAAACAGAGCUAUUACAAUAAAGAGAAAGGUGUAAAAAAGCAAGAGAAAUUAAAGAGCCAUCUUCACCCAUUCAAGGAGGCCGCUCAGGAAGUGGACAGCAAGCUGCAGCUUUUCAAGGAGACCCGCAGGCGGAAGAAGGAGCGCAAGGAGAAGAGGCGGCAGCGCAAGGGCGAGGAGUGCAGCCUGCCCGGCCUCACCUGCUUCACGCACGACAACGACCACUGGCAGACGGCCCCGUUCUGGAACUUGGGAUCUUUCUGUGCUUGCACGAGUUCUAACAAUAACACCUACUGGUGUUUGCGUACAGUUAAUGAGACGCAUAAUUUUCUUUUCUGUGAGUUUGCUACUGGCUUUUUGGAGUAUUUUGAUAUGAACACAGAUCCUUAUCAGCUCACAAAUACAGUGCACACGGUAGAACGGGGCAUUUUGAAUCAGCUACACGUACAACUGAUGGAGCUCAGAAGUUGUCAAGGAUAUAAGCAGUGCAACCCAAGACCUAAGAACCUUGAAGUUGGAAGUAAAGAUGGAGGAAGCUAUGACCUACACAGAGGACAGUUAUGGGAUGGAUGGGAAGGUUAAUCUGCCCCGUCUCACUGCAGACAUCAACUGGCGAGGCCUGGAGGACCUAUACAGUGUGAAUGAAAGCAUCUAUGAGUACAGACAAAACUAUAGACUUAGUCUGGUUGACUGGACUAAUUACUUGAAGGAUGUAGAUAGAGUGUUUGCACUGCUGAACAGUCACGAUGAGCAAAAUAAAACGAGUAAGACUAAGCCUGCUCAAAGUGAUGGGUUCUUGGUUAUCUCUGCUGAGCUCCCCGUGCCAGUAGAGAUGGCUUCUGCUGAGUCAGAUGAAGACCCACGUCCUGUGGUUGGGGAAGCACCUCAUUUGACCUUGCCAGCCGACCUUCGAACCCUGCAUUUGAACCGACCAACAUUAAGUCCAGAGAGUAAACUUGAAUGGAAUAAUGACAUUCCAGAAGUGAAUCGUUUGAAUUCUGAACACUGGAGAAAUAGUGAAACUGAAAAAUGGAUGGGGCAUGAAGAGAGAAACCAUCUUGACACCGAUUUCAGUGGCAAUGGCAUGACAGAGCUGGUGCUCGAGCCCAGCCCCAGGCUGCAGUCCAUUAGCAGGCGUCAGAAAGAACUCCCCCGGGACGGUGGAUUGGGAGAUGUUUUUGAAGAUCAGCUGUAUCUUCCUGUGCAUUCUGAUAGAACCUCUGUUCGUCAGACAUUCAGUGUGUCCACGGUGGAACAGCCUGUUGAUCCCAGCGUAGUGGAGAGGGUGCUGACCCAAGCGAAGGGGCACGAGGACAGCUUGCAGCAUCCGGAAGGCAGUGCCUCCUCUCCGCUCUCCUCCGGUUAGAUCAAAUUGUUCCCUUACCCGGAACACAGUAUUUCUUUUUAACUUUUUUAUUUGUAAACUAAUAAAGGCAAUCGUAGCCACCAACGUUCCAAGCUACCCUGGGUACAUUUGUGCAGUAGAAGUUAGUGUGCAGGUCAGCAAGCAACGUGCACAUGGACACUCUUUGUUCUAAUGCAUUUGCCAAGAGUAGGGAGAAAGGCUGGGGAUUUUUUGGUUGCUUUUUGUUUUUACUAAACAGUAUUAUCUUUUGAACAUUGUAGGGAUGAGUAUAUAAAUGUUAUCCAAUCAAGAUGGAUAGAAUUGUGCCUUUCUAAGUUUCUAAAACGUGACACACUCCAGUGAAUCUUUCAGCCCACUUCCACUGCCUGCGUAAGGAAGUUUUGAUUCAUUUGUAACCACUGGAAUUUUUCAGUGCCAUCAGUUUUAGUUCAGUGAUUUUGCACUUUGAGAUUAGAAUGCCAGUCUAUUUGGUUAGUCUUAGCUUUUAUUUUUACAAACUUAACAGUCUCACUGUCGCUGUCAGUGUGACAAAGUAAAAUAGACACCCCCCCCCCCAAGGACAAUACACAGUAUGGAUCACAUAUUGUUUCACAUAUGCUUUUGCCAGAAAAUAUUGCAUGUGUUUUACCUCGACUUGCUAACAUUGAUUAGCAGAAAGACAUGGCCAAUAAUGUUGGUGGUAAAAAUAAAUAAAUAAGCAAA